AUGGAGCGAGAUCAAGUAAUAAGAGAACCAAACUUAAUUUAUUACGAACAAGAUCAACUGGUAGCUGAAACAUUUUUCGAAACCUUUGAGACAGAAGAAAAUGGAAAAUCUGACGACGGUGAUUCUACAGCAGAUUCUCAAGCUUAUUCGGAAGAAUUAAGCUCAUGUGCUUUAAAUACUUUUAGAAGCUCGAUCCUGCAUUACAGUUUCUCAAAACCUUUGAUACCGACAUUAUUGGAUUCCACAGAAGACAUCACCACUUCUCAUUGUCCCAUUUGCUUGCAAAUCUAUCAAGAGCAAUGUUAUUUGCAGCCUUGUUAUCACACUUUUUGCAUCUCUUGCAUUCGUCAAUGGCUUUCAAUUACACCCAACUGUCCGCUGUGUAAAUGCAAGGUUGAAUUUUUAAUUACUAACGUGGAUGAUUCAAAAGGAACUUUUAAUAAGCUUUAUCUAGAUGAUACGAUGAAUGAUGACAUUAAGAGUAAAAUGAAAAGACAAAAAUGGAUUUUGGAGAUAUCAAAUAUAACCGAAAAAGAUAAAGGAAUUUCAACAAAUUAUUUUAUGGGAACGAAGGCGAUAAAAAAUAGACUGACAAUUUAUUCGGAAAACCUUUUCCCAACCAAUUUAUACUCUCCGACACUUAUGACGUGGUAG